CUGCCAACAUUACAAGCAAAUCUCAAUCUCAAAGUCAAAUCUUCUCCUUCUCCUUCUCCUUCUUCCAUCUUUUUUAACCUACCAAAUCAUCACUUUGUUUCUCAUUUCAUUCUACUCGAACUCAUAUAUUUUUAUCGAAAUGGCAACUAGGUACAAUUCGUACGAUUCAAGAUCCUCGACAUCAUCUUAUUUUUCAGAUCCAUCUUCGUCAGCAGAACUCAAAACUACUAAACCCCACAACCCCAGUUCAAUUUCUCGUGCACUUGUCAAUACUAAACCUUCGGUUAAUAAAAACCAGAACUUGACGACCUUGGUCAAGAACUUGAUGGUUCAGAAGAAAUCUUCUUCUUCUUCGUCGUCGUCAAAAGGGAAUCGGACAAUGGGGUUGGUGAUCCCGGCGGAUGUGAUAGCGGAGGAUCUGAAGAAGACAGCGAGGAAAGGAGGGAAUUUUGCGGGGUUGCAGAGGAAGUUGUUUGGGAAAGGAGAGAAGAAAAGUGAGGUUAAAGCUCUCACAGAAGUUAAGGGGGAAAAUAAUAAUGCGAACACGAGAACAUUGGCGAUGGUUUUGAGAAGUGAGAGAGAGCUUUUGAAUGCUAAUAAGGAACAAGAAAUGGAAAUUUCUCAGCUUAAGUCUUUGCUUGAAGAAAAGAACAAUGAAGUAGAGAAGCUGAAAGAUUUGUGUUUGAAUCAAAGGGAAGAAAUAAAGGCAUUAAAGAGUGCAAUUUUGUUCCCAGAUGCCAUGAAUUCUCAGCUUCAAGAACUUAUAGAGAAGCAGGGUUCUGAGCUGAAACAAGCCAAACAAGUCAUUCCGAGUCUCCAAAGGCAGGUUACUUCUCUCACAGACCAGCUCCAGUUCCUAGCAGAAGGCCUUGCUGAGGUGAAGGCAGAAAAAUGUUCGACCAGAACAGGUUUACAACUACAUGGCAGUGGUCCAAGAACACCCGCAUAUGAUUAUGAAGAGGCUGCCAACUCUCUGGAGUUCAGCUCUGAGGCUGCAACAACUCCUGGCAGUCCAGAUGACAUGUUUCUCAAGGAUUUGAAUCCCUGUUUAACACCCUAUUGUACCAAGACAAAGUCCAAGGAAUUUGAGGCAAUGGGCUAUGAUUCUCUUGAAGAUGAAAGCAUAUCAGAGAACAAGAUGCAAGUAUCCAGUGAAAUUGGUUUUAAUUCUCAUCACAGGAAACUAUCCAAAAGUUCUGACUAUUGCCAGAGUUCCAACACAGGAAGCAGAGUGGCUCGAACAGCUCGCAAAUCAGAUGAAAGCAAACGCCCUUAUGGAAGAAAGGUUCUCCCUAAAGGUUUUUGAUUUGCUUGAGGGUGAUUUAUAGUUUUUGCAACAUUUCUUCCAUCCCUGUUUCUUAUGUUACCCUAUGUUUCCUUUUUCUAGAUUAUGAAUAUUUGUCUUCAGUAUCCAAUCAAACAACCAGUGUUUGAUUUAGAGUUAUGACAAUAGCUCCUUGCUGUACAUGGUGGAUUUUAAUGAUAUGAAUAACGAGUGGAAAGUGGUAUGGAAGUUGAUUACAAAUCAA